AUGCGUGGCCGCCAAAUCAGGCCAGCCCGGGUGCUGCAGAGCGUCCAGGAGGAACUGAAGCGCAAUGUCAUGGGCAGCACCAAGACGUACAAGCCGCCGUGGCUCAACAUUGUCUCCUCGGUGCCCCCGUCCGAGACGCUCAUCCGACCGAUCCCCGCGCAGCACACCGAGUUCAGCGGGAGCAAAAAGAUCAAGAAGCCGCGCAACAUCUACCGCCCGCAAAAGAUUGUCUACCUCGAGGACACCCUGCGCGCGGCGUUUUACAAGGACCACCCCUGGGAGCUGGCCAGACCACGCGUCAUUCUCGAGUCGGACGGCAGGGACAGCCAGCACUGCGACUGGAGCAAGGGCGUGCGCCAACCAGGCAUUGCCCUGACGGGAGAGAGCGUCGUACAACGCCAAUUAUACCUCAUGGAGGCCGAAAAGAUGGCGCAGAGCAAGGCCUACGACGUGGCGCGCCACGAAUUCUACAAGCUGCGCCAGGCAGAGGAGAUUGAGCGCAGGGUCGCCGUCGAGGAGGCUCGCCACGUCGGCGCCUACUUUGGCAAGACGAGGGGCGAUGUCGGCAUGAUGCUCGAGGACCACGAGUUUGAGAACUGGAAGAUCUGGGCCGGCAAGGAGACGGCGGCGCGGCAGGCGCGCGAGGCGUCCGAGGUGGAAACGUUUGACCCUGAAGAUUCUCUGCCCGACGUUGAUGCAGCUCCUGCCGAAACACAGCCCUCAGCAGUAUAG